UUAUUAAUAAUAUUAGAUAAAAGACAACUGUUUUCUUCGGCAAACAAUUAUCAUCAACUGAUCCGCAGAGGAGGAGGAGGAGGAGGAUGUCUUCAUCUUCAAUGUCGCCAAUUGUUUGCCACAAAUCAAUUAUUUGCCACAACUAAUGAUAAUAAUAAUAAUUAUUACGAGUUAUUAGGCGUCGACCGUAACAGCGACAAGAAGACCAUACGUCGGGCUUAUCUGUCAUUAUGUAGACGAUAUCAUCCGGAUCUGAAUCGCGGCCAAAUCGGCGGCAGCGAUGUCGACGGUGGCGGCGACAACAACAGCGACGGUGAAGACAGACUCAAGAGUAUCAACAAUGCCUACCAAUGUCUGAACAACGAUCGGAAACGACGCGAAUAUGACGACUAUCUCAGGACGAGUAGUAGAGUCGCCGCCGCCAGUGCUGCCGAUGUCGGCACCGAUGCUGCGGACAGAUAUUAUAGACAACAACGAUAUCAACAACAACAACGACGGAGCGCACAAUCUGGCCAACAAUACGGCGGCGACUAUACUAGCAGUGACGACUUUGAUCGCUAUUACGAUGAUCUACGUAGGCGACAGUUUGGCCACUAUUAUUACGGCCAGCGAUACGGACAACAACAACAACAACCCAGAUAUGCCAACUACAGCCGAAACAGCCGAUUACCGAAUAUCCAUAUUAUUAUGAUAUGUAAUAUCAUUAUCUUUUGCGGCUUUUUGUUGCAUUUGAUUCAGUAUCAGCUAUCGGUGACACACAUUAAAUCAAUGGAAACCAAAUGGCGAGACAAUGGCCAACAGUAUGUGACAAUAAAGAAAGAGUCUAAACAAAAUCAAGACAACAAUCGUUUAAAUGGUGAACCAACUGAUAUGUCCACUGAUAUGUCUACUGAUUAA